GGCUAUCUACAUUACAUCAUGAAAUAAAUAUAAUUUCUCCAGGGUCACUCGUUCACAUAUCGCAACCGCCUCCGGCCCUCGCCCUCUAUAAGUAGGACUUGCAAGACCACCAUUCUUCGCUACUCUAGCAAAGCUCGCUCAUAAUUACUGUUUAUGCUCUGUGCUUCCUAUUUUCUUUUCUUAAUUUUAACAUUGAUUCCCUUUUGUCCUUCUCAGUAGCCAGUCACCGUGAUCAAUUUCUUUCUGACCAAACCAGAAUUUCUGACCUUUUGUCAUUGUUUUUCUGUUUGUUUCUCGGAAAACCAUCUGGAAAUUGCUAUCCUAUUUCAUUCUCCUUACUUCUGUUUUAUAUUUUCGGAUCUCUUCAUCUGCCAAAAUUCGAAGAGUAAUGGCUUACUACCACAACGAUGGUCUCGAAUACGUUGGCGAUGAUUACUACGACGUCGUUGAUUUCGAAGAUAACCCUUUCCUUGAACCCGAAACUCAAAGAGACGCUGAUUUGGAUUCCGUAGACUCUGACUUUGAUGAUGAUUUCGAGUUGAGUAAACCAAAGACAGAUACCUCUGCUGUGGAAGCUAGAAAUGGGAAGGAUAUACAGGGAAUUCCCUGGGAAAGGCUUAAUUUCACUAGAGAUAAGUAUCGCGAGACUAGAUUAAAGCAGUAUAAGAACUACGAGAAUCUCUCGCGCUCUCGCGAAGAGCUCGACAAGGUGUGCUUGCAAGUAGAGAAGGGGAAGACCUUUUAUGAGUUCCAGUUCAACACAAGGCUUGUAAAAUCCACAAUUUUGCAUUUUCAGCUGAGGAAUCUUCUAUGGGCAACAUCUAAGCAUGAUGUAUACCUUAUGCAAAAUUACUCAGUAAUGCACUGGUCAUCACUAUUACGCAGGGGCAAAGAAGUACUCAAUGUGGCUAAACCAAUUGCUCCUACUCUGAAACAACCAAGAUCCUCGUCUGAAUCACUCUCGAGAGUACAAAUAAGCACUAUGGCUGUUAAAGAAAACUGGUUAGUUGCUGGUGGUUUUCAGGGAGAACUUAUUUGCAAGCAUUUGAGUCAACCUGGAGUUGAAUUCUGUACAAAAGUCACAACAGAUGAAAAUGCCAUUACCAAUGCGGUGGAUAUAUAUCGUAACCAGAAUGGCUUGAUGAGGAUUACUACUGCAAACAAUGAUGCUCUGGUUAGGGUUUAUGACGCUGAAAGUUUUGCUUGUGUAAAUCGUUUCUCAUUUGAUUGGUCCAUAAAUAACACCUCUGUUAGCCCAGAUGGUAAACUGUUUGCAGUCCUUGGGGACAGUACAGAGUGCUUGAUCAUUGAUACCCAUUCUGGGAAGGUAACUGGGAGCCUAAAAGGUCAUUUGGACUAUUCGUUUGCAUCAGCUUGGCACCCAGAUGGACAAAUUUUAGCCACUGGCAAUCAAGAUACAACAUGUAGGCUAUGGGAUAUAAGGAAUCUAUCCAAGUCCUUGGCCGUGUUGAAAGGAAAUAUGGGUGCAAUAAGAGCACUAAGGUUCACUUCAGAUGGCCGGUUUUUGGCUAUGGCAGAGCCUGCAGAUUUUGUUCAUGUCUUUGAUACAGAAUCUGGGUAUGUCAAGUGCCAGGAGAUUGACAUUUUUGGGGAGAUUGCUGGCAUAUCCUUGAGCCCUGAUGCAGAAGCUCUAUUUGUAGGGGUUGCUGACCGCACUUAUGGUAGCCUGUUAGAGUUUAACAGGAAACAUUACAACCGUAUAAGCUUCGCCCUUACAUUGGUUGCUGAGUUCUGUAUUCUCUCUCUGAGAGAGCCUAGCGGUGUGUCUGGGCAACGGUGUGAUCUUAUUGCUCUGAGAAGCCAUUUCCGUGAAGGUGAUUUUUGAAGCUAGCAGAAAAGGGAGAGAUUUUGGUUCUGUAAAGCACUGGAGAUUGCUGUGUGCAUCUGGGGAACUUUGUAGCUUCAAUUCCUUGCUAAUAUUUGGGUGUUCCGUUGAUGUUCCUUUUGUUUCCCUUUCUCACUCGAUGCAUUUACAUUUUUGUUUUCGUUCUUCUGUUCAAUUACUGUUGUCGGGUGAGAUACCUACCAAUGGGGUUUUGGGGCGGGAACAUGGUAGUGUAUCAAAGGGGCUGGGUAGAUAAUAUGUCAACUGUUUUCAUUCUUUUAUUCAUCUCUUUUUUAAGUUUAUUUUUCUUUAUAAUUAAGAUUGUAAAGAUUAUUUUGUAAUAUUUGUUUUCUUCUUAACAUUAAGGAUUAUUAUUAUUAUGGUUUUGUGUC